AUGAAUAACCCUGAACCUCCUAGAAAAAAGCGUAGAGAGGUUGUUGAUAAACAUGCGGUGCCAAGUACAAGUAGAAAAGUCUUAUCAGUCGUAAAUUCUAAUGUCGAUCGCCAAAUUGUAGAAUGGUUAGCCCAAGAAGAUUCAAGUGGAUCGGAAGCUGAAGACGUUCCCGAAAAUUAUGCCCCGGAGCAUAGCGACCACAACACGGAAACGGAAGCAAGUGCUUCUGAAGAUGAACAACCAACCAGAUAUAGCAGCGGCCUGUCAGGCCGCUCGUCACCAGUUAUGUUACAAAAAAAUCAAGUCACCAGUUAA